AUGAACUCUUCUGAGGAAGUGAACGAAAACGAAGCAAAGUCCAUUCUUGACAAACGCGCUGCUCUUUCCCUGACUGACUUCAAAGCGACUCGACAUGUGAACACGCUGCAAUUUACUCUGUUUCUUUACGCUCAGACGAUCGUCAAGGUUCAAUCGCUCAACAAGAGCAUCAACGAAAUGUGUCCCUGGAAACAGAUCAGUUCGCCGCACGCAGAAUGGAUUCUCAACAAUCUUGACCAGAUUUUCAAACUUUGUUCUUACAACGCGACGAGCCGAGUGGAUGGAAACAUCCUCCCAUUCUCCCGUAUCCUUGCGCGCUUCGAAGAUGAAAUGAUCUACAAUCGCGAGACGAAGCACUGUUCCACGUCAAAACUCAAAAAUUUCAUCACCAGUCACAUCAAUGGCUGCCCAGUCUCAGCCCUCCAAGGAGCGACGACUAGACUUAUCGACAGACCGGCCCGAUUCAUCGGCAAUCAUUCGAUCGUGACGGAAUCAGAAGACAGGGAAUUCUAUUUGAAAAGGAUGGUCGAUCAAACUGCUUGCUUGAAUCAUCAGAUUUUGGAAGACUCUUGUAUACGAAUUUCAAAGUGCGAAAAUAGUACCCUCUACCUUAUCGGCAACAUCAAGUCAGUGAGUAUCUCCCAGUGCAACAACUGUACGAUUGUCGCCCCGUCAGUAUCCGGAAUCGUUCGCCUCACCAAAUCAUCAAAUAUAAGCCUAGUUACCUACUCCAGAUGUCUCUUCAUCUCCACGACCUCAAACUCUACCGUAUAUAGUUCUGUCCCGACGAAUCCAGUUCUUGUCAGUUGCUCCGGAAUCAAACUGGCGCCACUAAAUGUGAAUCAUUCGAGACUGGCAGAAGAUGUCAAGAAAGCUGCUCUUCCAUCGCAUCCCAAUUUGUGGGACAGUCCUCUUGAUUUGACGGUCAGACGAAGCUCAGUUCCGGUUGAAGAAAUCUUUGAGAAGUUAGACCCUAAAGAGUUUUUCUACAUCAAUAUCCCUUUCGAACUUGCCUCUUCAAAACCUCAAAAUCCCGCUCCCCGUGUCGCUAAAUUCUUCAUCGAUCUUCCCGAAGAGUACGCUCAAGCUGUCGCCAGCCAGGAAAAAGUCCUGCGGAACGGCCGAAAACUUACGAAAGACCCACAACUAACAGCCGAAAUGAAGCAAAAUUUAAAGAGUUUCACGAAUAAAUUGUUCAUGGAUUGGCUAAACGAGACUGGCGGUCAGUUGAAGCUGGAAGAGCUGUAUAAACUUGACCCGAUGAGUCCGAAGAAGAAAGUCGUCUAA